AUGAGUAGGCAAUCGAAGAUGGGGAAACCCGAGGGCGAUGAAAUCGGAGUUGGGAAAGGGGGUGAUCUGUUCGGGGACUCUGUCGAAUCAGCUGUGAGAAUGGUGAAUUCACAGCCAUCUCCACUGCUGAGUGAGUCUCCUCAUUUGGCUGUCGUUUCCAACAAUUUGGCUUCCCCAGUAUCGGCCUCGUCAUCGACGACCAAAGGUUUUGGGCUUAAGAAAUGGAGGAGGAUAAUGCGGGAUACGAGUAAGGACGGAUGCAGAGAGCCUGAUGCCAGCAGGGUUCUCAAGCGCGUGCUUUCCAUCGCGGAGCCUUCCAGGAACCGGAACGACGACAAACUGGAGAAUGACUGCAAGGCCGAUAUCUCGAUUGGAUCGUUGGAAUUGGGGCAUAUGCAGGGUGUUCUAAAUGAUAUGUCUAGCUUUGGAUCCAUGGAUCCGGAGCUCGAGCUGCUGGUGGCAAGGACUGAUUUCUCUCUCGGCACAGAUUCUGAGAACAGCGACGAUAGGAGCAGCAAGUCUUCCUCGACAGUGACUGCCUUGAAGCAUAAGAGGGAAGGAUUGGGAUAUAUGAAGGAGAGGAACCGAGUAAGGAUACCAGGGGGAAAAGCUUCUCGUCAAGCUGUGCUGUCUCGUGGACAGGGAUGGAAGGGUUGUGGGAACGACGCCGAGAAGAAGGAAAGUGAUAUUCAGACUGUGCAUGAGGAAGAGAAUUCCCAUUCGAGUGUUGAGUCCGACUUGAGAAGUUCCAGCACAGUCGUUGCACAGUGGCACGGUACCGGUGCUAAUGGCAGUCCUAGUGAAACUUCAAUGAAUUUUGACGGGGAGAACAGUGGCAACACAGAGAUGAUCGAGGAAGCCCAACCAAGCAUGCACAAGGAGGGAGGAGGAAGCGUCGAAGUCGCAUCAGAAGAGGAUGCUCACGCUAACAUUUCGGGAAACGAUAAAAGGAACGUUUGUGAGGAUAAUUCACACUACGAAGAGGAAGACCCCUUGCUGAAUCAAUCGUUUUUCUCCAGAGAGCACAGGAAGCCCUUGACAAAGGUUCCCCCUCUACGCCCCUUUGCUCAUCUUUUUCCUGCCCUUUUGGUACCUCUGUUAUAAUUUUAUGGUUCAAAAUAUGCAUGCUCGAUCCUUUACUUGACCUUGUAAUAAAACAAUGAAAUGAGACAUCAUCCAAGCUUGUAAAAGAAGGCGGUUAUUUGAUCGUACAUAGAUGCCAAAUGACUAUUUCAUAUCCCCUGUGCGUGUUGUCAACAAUUUAUUGAACCGCAUACUUCAGCGCAUUUUGGUUUUCUGGCCCACCGGAGGAUCACCAAAAGUUUUCUGGGCACGUCUGCAUGGCUCAGACCAGUAUGCAUGCUGUAUGAACUUUGAAUAAAAGCAGAAGGAAGGAAAUCCCUGUGCUUGCAGAUUUACUGUAUACAAAAGUUUUGAGCUCUCUAUCUCAUUGGAGAAGCAUUCGACUUUGCCAUCCUGAUCAAUCCCCCUGAAUCCCAUCAUAUGGUGGUCAUGUUGCAGGGGGACUAGCUUCACAUAAGGCUAGACCUUGAUCGGUGUGGAUCUGACAGAUUUAUACAUUAUUUCUUUAGCCCAUGGGAGACUGAUUUCUGGCAUUCAUACUGAUGUUGGGAAACUGGAUUGUCGUUCUUGUUGGGGUGUCACUGAAAGGAUCUAGUUAUUGCCGCUUACUUUAUUUUAUUGUAUAAUAAUGAUUAACCAUAUAUUUUGAUUUGUGACCUCACAUUGAGCAAUCCAAGAAGUGGAAGCCAUCGAUAAGGUAGAAAUUCAUUGAUAAAAACCACAGCCAUGGUUCUUAUUUUCUUAUGCCCCAUUGUUUCAGAGGUCGAGAAACUCGGUGGAGUUGGGACAGAGGAGGCGAUGCCAUCAAGUCACUCAUCUUGUCACUCCAAUCAUCAGAAAUAUAGAGGGAAGGACUGACCUGAGGAAGGUAGGCUCGGCUGUGGAGGUCAAGGAAGGGAGGGGGUCUCAAGCUCAGGGAAAUGGAACUGGAACGUUAUAUCCUCAUCAGAAGAAAUAUAGAGGCAGAAAUCGGAUAUCUGAUGCUAAUGAGUACGGUGCAACAACAGGUGGUCAUCGUUAAAGGGGACCCAUCAGCUCUUCAUGAGCAGAAGAACGCUGGCUUUGGAGGGGAGCAGAGUAAGCUGGAAGGUGAUGAAGAGCAGGCCAUCGUCAUGCUUAUGACUCAGCUGGAGGAGCUGGAUUUGACCUGCCAGCGACUGCUGGGAUCUAAGAAGGCGUUGACACUGAGGAACAGAGUCUGUAAGGUUUCCAUCUGCUGUUUCAUCCAGUUCUUGCUGUCGCUUGCUGCCCUCGUUUCCUUUUUCAUCCAGUUGCUGCCUCCUUCCCAUGAGACUCUGCCCACUUAA